AAUGAAAGAUUUGUUGAAAGAAAAUGUAAGCAAAUUAUAAGAAAAAUGUACACAAACAUACUAAGAUAUGCCUGUUAACAACAAGAAAUAGAAACACCAUGUAAGUCUCUUAUUCUGAAAUGCAUUAAUAGUCCACAAAGCUGCGUAACCACAUCCUCAAGAGUGUUUUCCUUGCUGAUAAUGAAAAAAAUAAAUAAAAGAUAAUGAUCUGCGACUGUAACCAUAAAGACGUCCUUAGACAUAUGAAUAACUUCAAGUAGAAUCUUUUGAAUGUAGUGCAAAUGUUGUGUGGAAGCGCUUCACAAUAUGGUUAAUAAUGCAACUGAGGUCUUAAUUGUCCAAACCACAGAAACAGCCACGUGAGGACAGAAUAGUGUCGCAAAUCAGAGCUGUGGGGUGUUGAGUCUUGAGGGACACGUUCAUUCACCCUUCACUGCAUCCGUUCUGAGGGACUUUCCGCUGGGAGGCCACUGAUCCAGACACCGAGAUGGCGUUUACAAAAACCCAGCGGGUGAAAGUAGUUCCUUAUAUAACCCGCUGCAUCGGGUCGUGGAUUCCCAAGAAACUACGUGGAGUAUCUCUUCUUGGAGUGGAUAGAAAAGCUGUCACUCUCGUUCAGUGUUGGGUGGUGGCAGCAAGUGGCGUGGCCAAGACCGGGAGAUCGUGAGAAUCGAGACACACCAAGAUCCUACAGAAGUGCUCCUGUAAGAUUUGUUUUGUUCCCUUACCGAGCCUUGCCAAUUGCCUGGGCCUGGCCUGAUGCGUGGGCCAGCAGCGGUUGGUGUGGUGGUGUCGCUGUUACUGUUGCUACUGCUACUGGAUAAGUCACACACGUCCACACCUGUCGCUAAUUUGUGGCAGCGUGGAUUAUCGACGUGGUUCCCGCCACACCUGAGGCCUGUGGUGGCUGGCAGUGUGAGCUCCCAUUUUUGGUCGCAAGGAAGGACCGUCUUUCCUCCACGGCCAAGCGGAGGGCCCGGAAGCAGCCAUUUGUGGAGUGCAGCAAGCUACUACCCACGCUGGCCAGACCGAGUCCGUCACGACUUCACGACAGAAGAAGAGACAAGUCACAGCAGGGACGAUGCCAGACAGCCCCGCCGUCUGCCGCUAGUGCAAGCUCGUCACCAGAUAAACAACCCGCGACAACAGGAGCAAGAUAACUCUCAAGUCCACCGCAAGCCUUCCUCUGUCUCCCUCUGGUACUGGGACUGAGAGAGGAAAAACGCUGAAACAAACAACCACUUUGACGGAAAAAUUAUGACAAGAAUCCAUUGCGAUGCUGAUAAGGAAGCGGUAAAAUUUCAUUUCCAUCCUACAAAUCAUGGAAAUACGAGUAACACUGACCGCCAGGGAUGAGGUGUUGUUGCUUUCAGUUUCCUGUUUUCCCCUCUUAAAAAUAAAGACGGACCACAACCUAGCUAUGACCACAACUGUCGUUUCUCUGAUCUUCUUUACUCCUGGCGAGCAACAACACACGUGCACCAACACACACACACACACACA